GGCAACCUGGAACUCCGAGCACACGCGCGAGGAACCGCGUGCGGCACUGCCGCGGUGGAGGCGGCGGGAGCUCCGUGCCGCGGGACCGGCGGGCUCCAUCCUGACCCCGAGGGCUCCAUCCCGCCCCACUGGCCAUCGGAACAAUCCGUAAACCGAGUUGCUGGGUCACGGGAAGGCUGGGACAGACUGCCAUGGCUGAAAAUAGCAGGAAGAGUUCUGGAGAGAAGGAAGAGGAUCAGGAGAAGAAAAAAUGUGUCUUUGGAGAGCAUGAGCAUUCUGGGUUUGAAGACCAGAUGACAAAUACACAACUUGUGAGCCGGCGUGCAUCCCAGAACAGUGUCAAACUGAAAGAGGAGCCUCACUCCAAAUCUCCUCCACCAGCCAGUCGCAGCCUUGUCAGGGAGGCCAGAAGGACUAGCUGCGACUGGCGGAGCUCAAAAGAUGAGAAGUUUAUAGAUUUGGAGCCACAGCCUCCAGCAAAGACCAGCCCUGCUACAGACAGCCAGCCUGUCCCUGCCAGCCAGCUCCUGGCCACAGAGAAGGCGGGAGCUAAAGUUGACCCUCUGAAGGAGGAGGAGGACUGGCUGAGUGCUGCCUUGGCUCGCAAGAAAUCUCAAGCCCAGGUGAAAGCUUUAGAGGCCCUGGGUGAAGGGCUGGACGUCCACAUUUCUGCCAGCCAGGUAGAUGCCUCCACAAGAGCACUACAACAGACAGCUACCCCACAGGACAAGGCACAGAGCACAGAUGGUUCCAGUCAGCCAAUCCCUCAACUCAGCACCAUGAAAGAAGCCUCAGCAGAACUGUUGCAAUCUGCAAAGCCAGAUCCCUCCCAAAAGAUCAGAGUCCCGGAUGAAUAUACCGUUAAAGGUGCCAGAGCUUUUCAGCCGGCUGAUGGUAGCAAUUUGAGAGCCCAGGACACCUGCUCACAGGCCAGUGAGAAGUCUGUGCUAGAGGAUGAUCUCCUCAACAGACUGGAGGAGGACAUCGAAUUUCUAGAGGUUAAUGCAGCUGAGUCACAUCUCCAGCCUGCAUCAAGCUGCUUAUUAGCACUGCUCCACAUCCAAGCUCAUGUGUCACAGCUGGAGGGCCAGGUCCGGACGCUGGAGAUGGAGCAGGCACAGCUAAGGCAGUUACUGGAGCUUCUCCAGCAGCAGCACCAGGAGGACUUGGAUCUCAUUGCAUGUGCCUACAGGAGCAAUAUGAAGGUGGUGGAGAAGAACGAUGGGCAGCAGGAGGAGCGGCUGCAGCAGGAGGAGCAGCCAGCAGCUCAGCUCCCACUGCAGAGGCAGGACAUGGCCCCAGCACAGCAACAUCCCAUGUCCCAGGAGCAGGAAAAGCAUCCCAUGUCCCAGAAACAGGACAAGCAGCUCAAGGAGCUCCAGGACAGGCUGUCACAGCAGCAGAGGGACAUGGCAAAGGAGCGGAACCAAUUCCAGGAGGUGAUUGCAAAACUGGAGGCCAGGCUGAGUGAGCAGACUCAGCUGCUGGAGCAGGAGCGCGGCAGGGCCAUGGUGGAGGAAGCCAAAGCAAAAUCAUUGCAGUGUUCACUGGAGAAGCAGCGACAAUGCAUGAAGCAGCAGCUCUCCAUGGAGCGAGAAGAGCUGAAGAGGGUGAAGAACACUUUGCUGGAGGAGCAGAAGUCAAUGCUGCAGAAGUGUUCAGAGGAGCGAGGGAAGCUGGAGGCUGAGUGGGCAGAAUUCCACACACAAGAG